AUUAGCACCACCACUACCGCCCCGUCUCCGCCUCCUAUUAUUUAUUAUCGCCUUUCCUCAUAAUUAUUGCGCUGUCAUAUCAAUAGCUCACUGGGUCCAAUGAGUCCGGUGAAUAGCCUGUGGUUCAAGUGGAAAAGCCUUCGAUUGCCGUGGCGAAAAUCCUUCCUAGUUGGCUCGGAUUUGACGGGUAACACCUAUUGGGAAUUCAAAGAUGCAUUGAACGCCGGGCGCUUCAGGCGCAUCGUCAAAUACAACCCCAAAACCCACUACGCCGACGUUCAGGUCACCCCUCAAUGGCAUCAAUGGCUACGAUAUGUCCGUCCGACACCUCCGUCCAUCGAAGAACAGCAACAGGAUGUCCUCCGCCAAUUGCAGAUGAAGCAACUCGCCCGACUGGCCGAUGAACGCUGGGCAAGCAAACCGUCCUACCUCGAUAAGCCCCAGAGACAACAGCCUUUGCCUGCAACCUCCAGUGAUCCUACAUUGAAGCAGCCCGCCCAGAAUCCUGCCCAGAAUACCUCAAGUCCAGAAACACAGAAGCCGGUCACCGAACAAAAACCCGCCAAGGACCCUUGGGCUAAGGCACAGCAGGCUCAAGGCGAAGGCUGGCAGCCAGAACCAUGGUCCCCGUCGACUUCGCAGCGGUGAUAGAAAUCGUGAUUCGAUACUUGGGCUCCGUGUAUAUCGAGUAGCUAUCAAGCUGCUGCUCGACGAUGGCAAGUGUGGACAGUCCUUCGACAUCCGAUACCUGUGGGCCCUUUCUCUUAAGAGAGCAACUGCACUAUGCAAGGCAAUAAAACUGCUCUAUGUGCCUCGGGUGAAUUUCAGUUCGAGAAGGAUAUGUGCAUACCUCUGUGAAACACUACUGAUUUGAUAUCACGCAUGUUCCACAUUCAAAUUCAAACUCGCAUGUUCCGUCCCUUCAUUCCCCUAGGAUUGGGAUCUUGAAUUUAUAAUAUGGGCGAUAUGCAACGCUAUACUAAACACUAUUACUUUGGGGGGCUUUGCUGUUGUUCAACACAUGUAUAUUAUUCAAUGGUUUAUUUAUAAUGAAUCUCCAAUCGAUAUG